AUGGCCACAGAAAUUAGUGAUGAAACAUGGAAAGCAUUCUUAGACCAACACAACUCACUCUUGACCUUACUCGACUCUCACGCUUCGCUGUUGGCAGAAAUGCGGAAAUUUUGUCUCGACAAUAGUCAAACGCUAGGCUUGUUGCAAGACCGCCUCAAUGCCACAGAGAACUUAAUUGCAACAUUCAAGUUAUCUGCCGAGUCAUUGACAGACAUCACUAAGCGGGAAGAGCAAGUCCCCAAGGAGGAUGCAAAGGUACCUGAACCGGAAAUCCUCAACGUCCCGAUUCCUGUUGCCGUACCCAAGCCGAAACCUCAGCUGCCUGCCGAGCCCAUCUUGGAUCCCAGCGGGUUUUUUGCAGUCGACACAAAUCCGACUCCGAUCGAGCAAUUAUACAAACAGAAGCCUACCGUCGCAGUGAAAGCGAAGGAUGGUCCCAAGCGAAAAGCUUCUGGAGAGCAGCUCGAUCCUAAUAGUGUCUCUGAAAAUGAGCCCGUGCGCAAGAAACCAAAACAGAGCCACAAGAGAGAAGCGCCGGUCAUACAGGAGGAGGAUGAUUCAUUCGUGAAGAGAGUCGAGGCGAGAUCACGGGCGAAAGAAGAACGCAAAAAGGCCAGGUUGGACAAGAAGCGCAAGAGACAAAGCGGUGACUCCACCGGGAGUGUCAAAGCCCCUGAAAACAAGAAGCAGAAAAAGAAGGACGAUGCGAAGGUCGCUACAGCGAACCCCUCGGCGGCAACCCAUGCUGACCCGCAGAUGCAGAAUGGCAAGAGACCGCACCCUGAGCCAAACAGCGACGGCACAAAUGGACGGGCGAGCAAGAGGGGCCGCCGGGGGAAGAAGUAG